UUUUGGCACAUGACCGACGACCGGGUCCUGGCGGCGCCGACAGCGACGCUCGAGACGAGCGACGUCCUCCUCUACGUCGCUUGCCUCGUCGUCUUUGUCAUUGUGCUCGACGCGUUCCUGCACUCGCUCGAGCACACGUUCAAGCGCCAUCGCAAGUACGCCGAGAUGCUGCACAAGACGACCCAAGAGCUCAUGAUUGUCGGUCUCAUCUACCUCAUGGUCAAGUUCUGCCUCUACGUUGGGCUCGUGGCCAAAGGCGGCAUUGCGUACCAGGCCAUGGACGCGGCCGACAUCCUCGUCUUCUUCCUCGCGAUCGCACUUGUGCUUCAAGCCAUCGUCAUCUUUAUGCGCCUACGCCGAUCGAACAAGAAAAUGGACAAGAUCUCGAUCAUUUCGGCCCGGGACUUGGUCGCAGAAGCCGAGGCCAAGCAGUCGGCGUACGCGUCGCAUUGGAACAAGCUCAUGCGCACGGUCGUCUCCAACCGGUACGAGGAGCGCAUGCACAUGAAGAUCCUGGGGCACUUUUUCCUCAAGACGUACGAGCUCCCCAAGAUCUUUUCCUUCCCCAAGUACAUCCGCGAAGUCCAAGACAGCCAAAUUGCGCACUUGAUUGAGAUUGACGUGACGGUCUGGCUCGUUCUCUUUGGCAUUUACGCUGCGUUUUUUGCGUGCACGGGCGAGCUCGUGACGCACAGCGCGUACCAAGCGUCCAAGGAAGCACGGAUGUCGGUCUUUGCCGGUUUUGGCCUCUCGCUUUCGCUAGCAAUGCUGCUUCUGCUCGUCUACCUGCGCUACCUCGUGCAGCUGCUCAUGGGCCACGCGUUUGCUACCAAUAUGCGAUCGUCCAUCACCGUCGACGAGGCCCUCGACAUGCGCGAGUUUGUCAACCUCAAGCGUGCGAUGGAGCCCGUGAUUCGCGAGGAAGAGCGCGAGCAGACACAGACAAUACAAGACGCACUCGAUCAAAUGCAGCGCGUCGAAGAAGAAUUGACGAGCCCCGAGAUGAUCCACGCGCAGCACCACGGCGCGGCGUGGCUGGCCCACGACCUCUUGCUGCAGGUGUUGCGGUCCGCAAUGCGCCGCCUGCGCGGCUUGAAACCCAACAUCAAGAAGAACACGCUUUCGGCCAAACUCACGGCGACGGGCGGCGGCAAUUUCACGCUGCCGUACUUUUCGCACAAGUUGGUGCACUUUUUCAUGCAGCUCUUCCUCAUCAUCAACGGCUUCUACUUGGCGCUGCUGCUCAACUGCGUCAUGUACAUGGGCGGGUCGUCGAUUAGCAAUGCGUUCCGUAUCGUCGGGCUUGCGCUCCCGCUCCUCUUCAACGCGGUCGUGCUAGCGCCCAAGAUUGUCCGGCAGUUCUCGCUCGUCUCGGGCACGUGGCGGGUCGAGCCGAAGAAGCUCGCGCGGGUCAUCGAGCACGUGUUCGAAGUCAAUUCGCUGACGGAUCAAAUGGUCAAGCAGAUCGUGCACCACUUACACCGCACGGGCCAGCACAUUCGGGACGUCGAGAACGCACUCGCGCGCGCGGAUGCGGUUGACGACGACGCAGGCGACGGCUUUAUCCACACCGAAGUGCUCCGCGACACGCUCAAGCAGUUUGGCUUUGCGUUCUCGCGCCAUAAGUUUCACACGUUUGUGCGGCUCCGAUUUGCGACCAAAGGCAAGACGAUCCGGUACCAAGAUCUGAUGAAGUUGCUGCCCCCGACGAUGCAGCGGUCGCGUUUGUUCACGCCAACUGCACUCAAAACGGCAACACCGACGAGGGUACCAGUCUAA